GUCUCCAACAAGCCUCUAUUGCGCAUCUAGAAAUAGAGAAACCACCACAAUAUCCAUGUAAAAUUAUCUGAUGAGAUUAUCAUUCAAUUCUUCACACCAGGACAGGGCAGGUCAAAGAGUUGUUCUAGAUAGUUAUAGUUUGUAUUGGACAUUUCUCCCUCCGGAUGCAUGCACCGGUGGUUUUCAACUGUGUCGAAUGCGCGCCUCGGAGGGAGUUCCAGAACGCAGUUAUAAACGGUUGGAGCGCGUUCCGGUUGUCGGCUUGGUUCCGUCUGUCAGUCAGGCGGUCCGUUAGAUCCCGGAGAGAGAGAGAGAGAGAGGGGGCUUGAUUGAGUAGGGGACGAUGAUGGCAAUAGCGAAGAUACCGUGGCUACUUCUCCUCGAGAUGGGAUUGUACGCAAGUUGUUUCGUUUGUGGAAUCGUCACGGCAGCUUCUCUCACUAUCACACAGGGGAGUUUCAGUGGUCUCUGUAUCCUGUAUGGGACAGUACAUCACAACUCGUCAUCAGACUCCCUAUUGGUCCAGACCUCCAGCUCUCCCUCGCUCUGUUACUUUGUCUCUGCUAUCUCAGUAUGCGUAGCAGUGUUCUGUUUCUCUAUAUCACUGUACUGGAUAUAUACAUGCUGUCUGGAUGGAGGGGUUAACAGAGAGCGUCUAUGGCUCAACGUGACCCUGGUGGUGUGUGGCGUGUUUCUCUUCUUCCUCCUGGUGACGGGCUGUGUGUUGAAGAGAGGAAGAGACUCUCUGUGUGACUCUGUCCUACACGCUGUCCCCAACAUCACCAGCUGUGAAGAGGCUCAGUCUCGGACCUGGAUCAGUCCUUACACUGGAACACAGUUCUACACUGGACUGUACAACGCUGGGACUGCGGUGUGGGUGAACUUCUUUUUCUGGAUUCUGAUUGGCGUGCUGGUGGUGAUCCAGAGAGGUCAAGGGUCCGAGUUUAGAAUGACGGCGGCCGACCCCUUAGCCACGCCCUCUGAGACAGAACCUUUCUUCCCACGCCAGGCCCGGCCCCAGUGACUCAUAACCGUCUCGCCUUACGACCUGCUGGCUAGACACAUGUGGAUGUGUGCAAACACAUGACGGACACACACACACACACACACACACACACACACACACACACACACACACACACACACACACACACACACACACACACACACACACACACACACACACACUCUGUCUGACCUGUUAGUAGAGAAUGAAUUAACCUCACCCUAUGUAUGUUUGAGAGAGUCCUCCUCACACACACACACACACACACACACGCUCCUGCUCCUGGGGUCAGUGUCUAUGCGGAUCUCUGGUUCUGAGUACUGCGCCCCAGUGAAGAGAUGGCCUAGCUGAUUUAAGGCAGCAUCUGUCUCUUCAAGGAUAUAACAAUAAUAUACUAAUGGUAACAUGUAGAGCCACUGCAGCUUUCUCUGUGGUCUCUCCAUCCACAGUCCUUUCUCUGUGGUCACUCCAUCCACAGUCCUUUCUCUGUGAGUAUGAGGAGCUGGAGGAGGUCCCUCCAUCCACAGUCCUUUCUCUGUGGUCACUCCAUCCACAGUCCUUUCUCUGUGGUCACUCCAUCCACAGUCUCUGUGGUCACUCCAUCCACAGUCCUUUCUCUGUGGUCACUCCAUCCACAGUCUCUGUGGUCACUCCAUCCACAGUCCUUUCUCUGUGGUCUCUCCAUCCACAGUCUCUGUGGUCACUCCAUCCACAGUCCUUUCUCUGUGGUCACUCCAUCCACAGUCUCUGUGGUCCUCCAUCCACAGUCCUUUCUCUGUGGUCACUCCAUCCACAGUCCUUUCUCUGUGGUCACUCCAUCCACAGUCCUUUCUCUGUGGUCUCUCCAUCCACAGUCCUUUCUCUGUGGUCCCUCCAUCCACAGUCCUUUAUUCUGUGGUCACUCCAUCCACAGUCCUUUCUCUUCCUAUAUUCAGGGAGAUGUGUGUGUGUGUGUGUGUCGGUGUGUGUGUGUGACUGGCUGACAGGGACAUCAAUCUUCUCAGAUAAUAUCAGUGCUUUGCACUGUGUGUGUGUGUGUGUGUGUGUGUGUGUGUGUGUGUGUGUGUGUGUGUGUGUGUGUGUGUGUGUGUGUGUGUGUGUGUGUGUGUUUCCCACUACGGACCACUGCCAAACCAAGGCGACUGCACCACAGUCAGCUUUCAGCAAUGUCACACUGUCCUCCAGACAGACCUUAUAAUGCCUUACUGACCACUGACACAAAGCAACCAUUUUGUUACAGCGUUCCCUUUCUGCCUGCACUUACUUAGAUUGUUUUUACAAUUAUUAUUAAAAAGCAAAAACAUGUCAUUUUAGUUUGAGUGAAUGAAUUAUUGUUGCCAUUGCUGAUACUGUAUUGUUUAAUCUUUUUACAGAACUUUAUGAAAACAGGUAUCGACCAUCCAAUAAAAGAUACAUUUUUUUAUUUGUCAA